AAAUAAGAGCAGAGCUACAGUAGUAAGUAACAACUAAAUAGCCCACAUCUUCAUAUUCUCGGCAAAUGGAAACAAAAAGUAAGUGACGAGCUCAUUACAUUGUAAUAGAGGAACAAAUGUACAGUAAGCCGAGUUAUGCUGUAGAAAUACAGACCCACAGACCAUCUAUUUAGGGAACUUCAUAAAUAGACAGGCGUAAUUAUAUAUCCAUACAUCCAUAGGCAAAUGUAUCCUGGCAGACAGACGUAACUAAGGAGGCAGACACACAGACACAUAGUAGUACGAGUGUCUCAGCCACAGAGAGCUGCUGCUGUGUCAGAGUUUCCACCCUGAGCUGCGGAUGGGCAGCUGUUGCUGUUGUUGCUGCUGCUGCUGGGGAGACGGGACUGUGCCCUCUGGGCGCUCACUCACUCUCAUGUACUUGGAUGUUGGGGGCAUUUGUUGAGACUGGAUCGCUGAGGACUCAGAAUGGCUCAGAGGACUGAGACAGGAAGACAGAGAAGAAACUGUCACUUCAAGGACAAAGCAUCUAAGACCUGGAGAAGCCUGAGGAAUAGAUUAUCUGCUCACCUGGACCCAGACGUGGAGGCUAAGAAAGCUUGUGAUUGGUUACGGGCUGCAGGAUUUCCUCAGUAUGCACAACUGUAUGAAGAUUCCGAGUUUCCUGUUGACAUUGCGUAUGUGAAAAGAGAUCACAAUUUUUUGGAUCAGGACUCCCUCAAAUCCCUUUGCAGACGGCUUAUGACACUUAAUUCAUGUGCUUCUAUGAAGCUGGACGUUAAUUAUCACCGAAAACAGAAUGAAGACUCUGACGAUGAUGACCAGUGUGCGAUCAGUGAUCGCUGGGCAUUCCACAGGGAACAGGGACGCUGGUCUCGUCUGGAUUCUGUUGAACUUCUAUCUCCAAAGUUUGAUGGGCCCCCAACAAUGAAGAGCACAUCCAGCAGGGACAGCAUCUUGACAGACCUGAGCACAGAACUAGAGGCCACCUCUCUGCAGAGUGCUGGAAGCAGCCGGGGAGUUAUGGAUAUAGUUGUUACCCCCCCUUCAGAGCUGUCUUCUUUGUCUUGUUCACCAGCUGCCACCAAGUCUUGCAGGAGUCUUAGUGACCAGUCACUAGCUACUCAUCGGCGAGGAUUGAAGGAAAAAUCAAAGAAACGGAAGACAAAGGGCUUUUUAAAAAGGAUGGAGUCUUUACGUAAGAGGGAAAAGGAUAAAGAUAAAAAGGAUCUGGCUAAACUGGAUUCUAAUAAUCUGGUGCAUACUAGUAGAGAUGAAAUAGAUUCCCCAAACCAGUGUCAUGAAGAUGAUGGGGACAUUCCUACAUAUGACAAAGGUUUCCUUCAUCCUGGCUAUUGGACUAAAUGUGCAUCCAGUGAUGGUAUCAGAAAGCCACAUUUGGAUGGUCAUUGCAUGGGGGUUUAUUUGGAAGACUUGGAUCUGGUGGGAAAAGAUAGUGUGCGGCACAGACUGUCCCAAAAGUCGGAUCGUCUUGUAUGCAUACCAAUGGACCACAAGCCUGGCACUUUUCCAAGAUCGCUUUCCAUUGAGAGCUUGUGCCCAGCAACUCCCGUACCCUUAGAGAGUUGGAAAAUGGGCAGCAAAUCUUUAGGACACUCUGUAUGCAGCAGUAUGGACUCUCAUGGACUAGAAGGGAGACAAAGAAGAGGAUCAUAUAGUUCUAUAGGAAGCCGUUCAAGUCUUUAUGACAAUGUACCUGCCUCGCUGGCAGGCAAUGGGGAUCUCUUGGAACUAGGAGGCAGCAGUGACCUUUUUGGCCACCUGGAUGAUGUUCUCAAUCAUGUUAAAGGACUGCAAAGGAUGGUGGAGCUGUGGUCUAGGACAGUGUGUCCAGAGCUUGAUGAAGAAGAGACAGACUUUGUUGGUGAACAAAUGGGCCAUCUGGCUUAUGAGGAGAGAUCGAUAUCUGAUGUAGGAACUUCAGCCAGUGACUUUGGCAGCACUGGCAAUUCUCUCAAUGACACAGAAGAAGCAGAAAUUAGGGAAAGAAGAGAUUCAGGUGUUGGAGCUUCCUUAACUAGGCCAUGCAGCAGGAAGUUGCGCUGGCACAGCUUCCAGAACUCACAUCGGCCAAGCCUCAGCUCAGCAUCCCUGGAGAUUAACAGGCAAUCGGCGGCACAACUCAACCUUCUGCAGAAGUUAUCCCUGCUUAGACUCACUGCCAUCAUGGAGAAAUACUCUGUGCCCAGCAAGCAGGGGUGGGCAUGGACUGUCCCCAAGUUUAUGAAAAGAAGUAAAGUUCCAGACUACAAAGGAAGAGCUGUAUUUGGGGUUCCUCCAAUAAUAAACGUCCAAAGGACGGGUCAGCCUCUUCCGCAGAGUAUCCAGCAAGCUAUGCGCUAUAUCCGCAGCCAGUGUUUGGACCAGGUGGGAAUCUUCAGGAAAUCCGGCGUGAAGUCCCGAAUCCAGGUCCUGCGACAGAUGAAUGAUUCUUCGCCUGACAGUGUCAGUUAUGUGGGACAGUCGGCAUAUGAUGUAGCAGAUCUACUGAAGCAGUAUUUCAGGGACCUGCCAGAGCCCAUCUUCACCAGCAAGCUGACGGACACUUUCCUGCAAAUUUACCAAUAUGUUCCCAAGGACCAUAGGCUGCGUGCUGUGCAGGCCGCAAUCCUGCUGAUGCCAGAUGAAAAUAGAGAAGUUUUACAAACAUUACUGUAUUUUCUGAGUGACAUCUCCUCUGCUCAGGAGAACCAGAUGACCCCUGGGAACCUUGCUGUGUGUCUGGCUCCAUCUGUUUUCCAUCUCAACAUCUCCAAGAAAGAGACCACUUCACCACGGAUCAUGCAGAAGAGAGGAGCAUCUGGAAAGCCAGAUCAUAAGGACCUCAGUGAGAACCUGGCCGCAACACAAGGGUUGCUCCACAUGAUCACAGAAUGCAAGAAACUUUUCCAGAUCCCUCAUGAUAUGAUGCUCCAGUCCCGGAACUCCUAUGUAGCUGCUGAUGCUCAGCCUUUGUCUCUGGAGGAUCUCUGUGCAGGCUCAGUAGGAGAAGCCGGGAACGUCUCUCCUCUUCUGGACAACACCAUCCAAGGUUUUCUCCAGGAGUCUGCAGAACGCUUUAAAGGUUGGAUAACCAUGCCUGGCUCUGAGAACACAGAGCUGUCAUGCAGGAAGGUUGGUGAUGGGAAUCCUUUGCGUCUGUGGAAAGUAUCCACUGAAGUAGAAGCCCCACCGAGCUCAUUACUUCAUCGUGUUUUACGUGAGCGCCACCUAUGGGAUGAAGACCUUCUGCAAAGCAAAGUGGUAGAAACCCUUGAACAGAACACAGAGCUUUUCCAUUACGUGACAGAUAGCAUGGCUCCACACCCACGGCGGCAAUUCUUAGUACUGAGAAAAUGGCGCAUGGAUCUUCCUAGGGGUGGGUGUGUUUUGGUUUCCACAUCAAUCGACCAUGCCACGGACCAACCUGAGGAUGGUGUCCAGGCCGUGGUUAUGAGCUCACAAUAUCUAAUGGAACCUUGUGGAAUGGGACGAUCAAAGCUAACCUAUAUCUGCCGAGCAGACCUUAGGGGGCGAUCUCCUGACUGGUACAACAAGGUUUUUAAGCACCUCUGUGCAAUGGAGGUAGUCCGUAUCCGAAACUCAUUCCCUCCUCUGAGUCCAGGCGGGCCAGAAACAAAGCUAUAAAUAUGAGAAAGACUCUGAGGAGUGAAUGUACUAUCAGGAAACAAGAUGAACUGAAUAAUCUCGAAGAAUUACUUGUUGCUGGAGAUUUCAGCUUUCCUGGACGUUUCUGACCAGAUGUGUAGUGCCAUACAAACUAGAGUAAUAGGCUGGUUUUUGUACCGCACUCACAGUACAGUCCAUCAUAGAACGUGAUCCUACAUCACUGUGAAGAAGACAAGGAGUACCUAAGAUGUUAACAAUGGCCUCAAGCAUCCUUCAGUUUCGUAGCAACAUGCUGCUUCAAAGGAUGUCACCGGUCACUGUUUCCCUGCUUGCCUGAAGGAGGCAGUAUUGUGCAAGACACUAAUUACACAAUGUUCUUGCGCUGCUUGUCAGGAAGAUGUUAACAAAGAUCAGUAUUAUUUGUGUUCUCUGUUUUUGUAUAUGUUCUUUUGACUCGGUGAUGCCAGUAAGCAGGUUUUUGUAUGUUCAUAAUGAAAGACGUAUAGUGUGUGGAUUACCCAAGGUGCUGAACUUGGGAUGAAGCUAGUGUGAUGUGAUGUAAAUGUGUGUGUGAAUAUUUAUAAUACCUGCUUGAGAGUAGAACUGGAUUGACGUUAGCGCAAAACAUGAAUCUGACUGUCUUGUUUAAAGGGAAUCUGCAUGAUUUUUUACAUUAAAUCAGGACAGCAGGUUUGCAAAACAGAUCAAUGUACAUCAUGCUGACUGCCAUAUUGAUUCUGUUGUGGUAACAUUUCAGUGAAAUAUCAGAAUUAUUAGAGGAGGGUAUAUUAUUAUUAUUUUUUUGUAUUAUUACAGUUAAUUCUUCAUGCACUCUGCCCAAAUUAAAAUCUAAAAUUGAUUCGCUGGAAGUUAAUCACAUAGUUUGACCAGUAGAAUUAGUUUUUGAUUUUAAAAUGUGUACAUAACAUUAUUCUAGGUUCUGAGAGAACAGUAUGCUAGGCCUUAAGGAAAAGUGGGGUUAUUACAUGUUGGUGACUUGGCUGAAACACAUUGACAACUGCCCCCUGCUGGCAAUGCAGCAUGGGUAGAGCUGCAACUGAUCUUCUCUGUUAGUGUUUGUUGUCCCAAGGACAGGGUUCUACUUUCCUUGUUAGGAAUAGGACCCUUUCCUGAGGGGUUAUGGUUUGAAUUGCCUGCAUCUGGGAUGCCGGCGGUCAGAAUACCAACUGCGGCGACCUGGAGAUUGGAAUUCCGACAGUGGAAGGUAAGUAUACAUACCUCCUCCCCUGGCCCCAGAAUCCUAACCCUCCCUCCCCCCGCAGCCUGACCCUAAUCCUCCACCCCCCCUCCCCCCUUCCUCCUGCAGCCUAUCCCUAACUCUCGGCGGCGGUUCUUAAACCUAACCCCCCGCAGCCUAGUUCUAACCCUCCUAAGGAGGUGCCUAACCCUAAUUACCCCCCCCCCCCCUCCCCCGCAUGGCUUAUUUUUCCGGUUUGUCAUCACCGGAAUGUUGAUCCUAUUCCGAAUAGUGUUGGGAUUCUGACUGCUGGGAUCCCGACAGGAUCCCUCCUGUGGGACUGCUGUUUCUCUGCACUGUCUAUGAUGAGGGAUAUCCUGAAAUUAAGAUGGGCAUAGUGUGCUCUAGAGCAAUGACAUAAGUGAGUAUGUGUAAGGAUACUGUAGACAUUUCAUCUUUAAUGGGACCAGCCAGUGCUGCAAUAAGGAGUUAUAAUAAUACAGUAAUAUUUGAUUCUACAGAGAGACAGUGGGCACUAGGGCCGACCUUCUCCCAUAUGCACAAUGAUGUGGUUCCAUUCCACUCAGUGAAUUCAUAAUUUAACUUCUGGACUUUGGGAACCCUUCAGUACCUCUCUGCAGUAUAAUAUGUCUAAAGUCGAUUGAUGUUAUAUAAAUAUUGUACAGAUUAAAUUUUAUAAUAUAUUCUUUUUGUAUUGUUAUGUCACCAAAUGACUGUGCCAGGCUCAACACAGUUUCCUAUCAGUGUUUCUAUUUAAGGGACGUUUUGUAAUGUAAUUUGCUUUUAUUGAAAGAAAAUAUAAUAAAAU